CUUGAAAAUAUUUUUAUCCUUUGCUGCUGAAUGCACUUUCAGUAUUGACUUAUUCAUCCAAACCACAGACGGGCUUAUUUGGUCGUAGCAACGGCAAUGACUUAUUCAGUCGUUGUAGAAUGCUACAUCUUUUCAGUCCAUUGACUACCAACCUCGUUGAACCAUCUAUAAAAUGCACCUGAAGUUUUGUUGGAAAUGUAAGAAAAAGAGCUCUUGCUUUAAAAGCAUUAGCAAAGAGCAAUCAAUCUCAGAAAAAUCAGGAGAAAAGUUCUAGUUUCAUCUCCUAUUAGCGCAUUGCAUCCUAAAUUGAUAUUUUAAGAUGGAUUAUUAUAGCCUUGUAAUGGGAGGAACUAUAGCUUCUGUUUGGGCAUUGGUGUUGUUGUGCAUCUUAAGAGCAAAGAAGAAGAACCCAACUUUGGUCAAGGACAUCAGAGAUAAAACUUUGAAGAGCUCCAGAAAAGAAAACUGCCUCUCUGAGAUAGCUGUGACGCCUGAUGUAAUCAUUGUUGGGGCUGGUGUGGCUGGUUCAGCUCUUGCUUAUGCACUUGGCAAGGAUGGUCGCCAAGUGCAUGUAAUCGAGAGAGACUUGAAUGAGCCUGACAGAAUUGUUGGGGAACUCCUACAACCUGGUGGUUAUUUGAAACUGAUUGAGUUGGGUCUUGAUGACUGUGUGGAAGAGAUUGACGCUGAACAGGUAUUUGGAUAUGCUAUUUACAAGGAUGGCAAAAGCACUAAACUAUCCUACCCAUUGCAAAGUUUUGAAUCAAAUAUAGCAGGAAGAAGCUUUCAUAAUGGCCGCUUCAUACAAAGAAUGCGUGAGAAGGCUGUAACUCUUCCCAAUGUACGAUUGGAACAAGGAACAGUGACAUCUCUUCUUGAAGAAAAGGGAACUGUUAAAGGGGUGCUAUACAAAACCAGAACUGGUCAAGAGUUGACAGCAAAUGCACCUCUGACAAUAGUAUGUGAUGGCUGUUUUUCAAACUUGCGGCGCAAGCUUUGCAAACCCAAGGUUGAUAUCCCCUCUCAUUUCGUUGCUUUGGUACUAGAGAAUUGCAACCUUCCAUAUGAAAAUCAUGGACACGUGGUUCUUGCUGACCCUUCACCAAUUUUGUUUUAUCGUAUCAGUAGCACUGAGAUACGAUGCUUAGUCGAUGUGCCUGGCCAAAAAGUACCCUCCAUCUCAAAUGGUGAAAUGGCACAUCAUCUGAAAACCAUUCCAUCUGAGUUAUAUCCUGCAUUCAUAUCAGCAACUGAGAAAGGAAAUAUAAGAACAAUGCCAAACAGAAGCAUGCCAGCUUCUCCAUAUCCAACUCCAGGUGCACUUUUGUUGGGAGAUGCAUUCAACAUGCGACAUCCUUUGACAGGAGGAGGAAUGACAGUGGCUCUUUCUGAUAUUGUUUUAUUACGAAACCUCCUUAGACCUCUAAAUAGUCUAAAGGAUGCAUCUGCGCUCUGCAAAUACCUUGAAUCCUUUUAUACUCUUCGAAAGCCGAUGGCAUCUACAAUAAAUACAUUGGCAGGUGCAUUGUACAAAGUAUUCUCUGCAUCAACUAACCGCGCAAGAAAUGAAAUGCGACAAGCAUGUUUUGACUACUUAAGCCUUGGAGGUGUAUUUUCAAAUGGACCAAUAUCUCUUCUCUCCGGCCUAAACCCUCGCCCUUUAAGCUUAGUCCUACAUUUCUUUGCCGUAGCUAUCUUUGGUGUUGGUCGCUUGAUAAUUCCAUUUCCUUCACCCAAAAGCAUCUGGACUAGUGCUAGAUUGAUAACGGCUGCAUCAGGUAUCAUAUUUCCAAUAGUGAAGGCAGAAGGAAUUAGACAGAUGUUCUUCCCUCUAACCAUGGCAUCAUAUUAUAGAGCUCCUCCUAGCUAUUGACUUUUGACAACCGAUCAGCAAAAAGUGUUUGCAGUUUCAGUAGACUAGUUUCCAUCAAUUGUGCUAUUCUUUCUGAAAAUGAAUAUGGGUCCAGUUGGAAGAGAAAAGUUGUGUAGUAUAUGUACAUUGUAUUGUUUUCUAGGAAUUCAUUGUUCAAUCAGAAACAAUUAUUUCCCUGUAAUGUUGAAUUAUUCAAUUUCUCAGAUGAUACAGACA